AGCGCUGCCCGCCGCCCCGCCCGGCGCCCGGAGCCGCGGCCCCGUCACCCCCGCGCCCCGGCCCGCCAUGGGAGUCCCGGCCUUCUUCCGUUGGCUCAGCCGCAAGUAUCCUUCCAUCAUUGUCAACUGCGUGGAGGAGAAGGCCAAAGAGUGCAAUGGUGUGAAGGUUCCAAUUGAUACAAGCAAACCAAACCCCAAUGAGGUGGAGUUUGAUAACCUGUAUUUGGAUAUGAAUGGUAUCAUUCACCCAUGUACACAUCCAGAAGACAAGCCAGCACCCAAAAAUGAAGAUGAAAUGAUGGUUGCGAUUUUUGAGUAUAUUGACAGGAUCUUCAACAUUGUUAGACCAAGGCGGCUUCUUUACAUGGCUAUAGAUGGAGUAGCUCCACGUGCAAAAAUGAAUCAACAGCGGUCCAGAAGAUUCAGAGCAUCAAAGGAGGGCAUGGAAGCUGCUGAAGAGAAGCAAAAAAUAAGACAAGAAAUUCUGGCAAAAGGUGGCAUUCUUCCUCCAGAAGAAGUGAAAGAGAGAUUUGACAGUAACUGUAUUACCCCAGGAACUGAGUUUAUGGACAAUCUUGCUAAAUGUCUCCGCUAUUACAUUGCUGACCGUUUGAACAGUGACCCAGGGUGGAAAAAUUUGACAGUUAUUUUGUCUGAUGCUAGUGCUCCUGGUGAAGGUGAACACAAAAUCAUGGAUUACAUUAGAAGACAAAGAGCUCAACCAAACCAUGACCCAAACACUCAUCAUUGUCUGUGUGGAGCUGAUGCUGAUCUGAUUAUGCUUGGGUUAGCUACGCAUGAACCAAACUUCACUAUAAUUAGGGAAGAGUUUAAACCAAAUAAACCCAAGCCAUGUAGUCUUUGUAACCAGAUGGGCCAUGAGGUUAAGGAUUGCCAAGGUUUGCCCAGAGAGAAACAAGGCAAGCACGAUCAGUUUGCAGACAGUCUUCCUGUGGCUGAACAGGAAUUUAUCUUCAUCCGAUUAUGUGUUUUGCGGGAGUAUUUGGAAAGGGAACUCACUAUGGCCAGUUUGCCUUUCACCUUUGAUUUUGAAAGAAGUGUUGAUGACUGGGUCUUUAUGUGUUUCUUUGUGGGAAACGACUUUCUUCCUCAUCUGCCAUCUUUGGAGAUCAGAGAAGGAGCAAUUGAUCGCUUGGUUAACAUUUAUAAAAAUGUGGUGCACAAAACUGGGGGGUACCUCACAGAAAGUGGUUUUGUCAACCUACAGCGGGUGCAGAUGAUCAUGUUAGCUGUUGGAGAAGUUGAAGAUAGUAUUUUCAAAAAGAGAAAAGAUGACGAUGAUAACUUUAAAAGGCGACAAAAAGAAAAAAAGAAAAGAAUGAAGAGGGAUCAUCCUUCUUUUAUUCCUGGUGGACAGUUUUCCCCUCAAGCUCUGGGAAAUCGAUCUAGUCCUCAGGCAAUCAGUAACCCUAGACAAGCAGCCUUUGAGAUGAGAAUGCACGACAGACAGAAUUCUACAACUUCAUCUCCAAAUACCAGCAUCAACUCUGAUGGCAGCCCAUCCCUGGCAGGAGGAAUUAAGCGAAAAGCUGAAGAUAGUGACAGUGAACCUGAGCCAGAGGAUAAUAUCAGGUUAUGGGAAACUGGUUGGAAGCAGCGCUACUAUAAAAACAAAUUUGAUGUCGAUGCAUCUGAUGAGAAAUUCCGUCGUAAAGUUGUACAGUCCUAUGUGGAAGGGCUUUGCUGGGUGCUCAGAUAUUAUUAUCAGGGCUGUGCAUCCUGGAACUGGUACUACCCUUUUCACUAUGCUCCAUUUGCUUCUGACUUCGAGGGUAUUGCAGACAUGCCUUCAGAUUUUGAGAAGGGCUCAAAACCGUUUAAGCCUCUAGAGCAACUUAUGGGAGUAUUUCCAGCUGCAAGUGGAAAUUUUCUGCCACCAACGUGGAGGAAGCUCAUGACGGAUCCGGAAUCAAGCAUAAUUGACUUCUACCCUGAAGAUUUUGCUAUUGAUUUAAAUGGGAAGAAAUAUGCUUGGCAAGGUGUUGCAUUACUGCCAUUUGUUGAUGAGCGACGUCUUAGAGCUGCCCUGGAAGAAGUCUACCCUGACCUCACUCCUGAAGAAAGCAGAAGAAAUAGCCUUGGUGGUGAUGUUCUCUUUGUUGGAAAGCACCACCCACUUUGUGACUUCAUUGUAGAACAGUACAAGACCAAAAACACAGAGCCAGUGGAUAUACCCCCAGAGCUGUGCCAUGGAAUCCAGGGAAAGCUUACGCUGAAUGACAAUGCUGUUCUCCCAGAUCAGACAGUGGAGUCUCCAGUUCCAAUGCUGCGUGACCUUACACAGAAUUCUGCAGUCAGUAUCUCUUUUAAAGAUCCACAAUUUGAUGAAGACUUUGUUUUCAAGGCGAUAGUGUUACCUGGUGCAAAGAAACCUACUCCAGUUCUGAAGCCAGGAGAUUGGGAAAAAACCAACAAUGAUGGCAGGCCUUGGAGACCGCAGCUUGGCUUUAACCGAGACAGAAAACCAGUCCAUUUGGACCAGGCAGCAUUCAGAACCUUGGGCCAUACGCUGCCAAGGGAAAGAGGGAUGCCAGGGAUGUAUGCCAACGCAGUACCUCUUGGAACUUACGGGAGCCCAUACGCCAGGCCACUUCUGAGUGGGCAGCAGCAGAUUCCUAAAUUGUUGUCAAAUCUUAGACCUCAGGAGUCUUGGAGAGGCCCUACACCCUUGUUUCAGCAGACACCACAGAGAGCUGCUGGGGCUGCUCCUCUGCUUGCCUGGAACCGCAUGCUGCAAACCCAGAACCAGUACCCCCCUGGUCAAUACCAAGGGCUGGGUGGCCCCAUGAUGUACCCACAGAGACCCGAGGAUCGGAUUGACAGGGGAAGACAGGCAUACGGCCCUGGGAGGCCCUACCCGCUCCCACCGCCCUCAGGAAGAUACAGCUGGAAUUAGCUCUGGACCUUUUUUUUUUUAAAAAAAAAAAACCAAACAAAAAAACAACAACAACAAAAAAACAACUAUAGAAACUGUCUGGCGUUUUGUUUUGUUCUUUUAUUAUUUGGGGGAAAAUCCUGAAGAAACAUCCUUGUAGUUUUUAAACUAUGAUACUUGUUUUAAAUGUGCACAUUUCUUACUGAACAGAUUAAUUUCUUUUGUGGGGGGCUGUGUUGCUUGGAAAUAGUGUAUUGCAAAAUGGGAGUAAACUCCACUUGCUAAUUUGCCUGUGAGCCAUUUGAUGAGGCAGGAGUGCUGUUUUGUCUUUAUUACCUAUACAAGCUGUGCUUCACUCUGCCUGUCAGUCUGAGCUCCAAACAUCCCUUUACUUCACACAUAAGAGCCUGAAAACGGAGUUUUAAAGAAUGCAUAGAGAUGGGAUUUUAUUAACUCUUGGGGCAGAGGCAGCCUAUGGAGCACGGUGGUUAAAGACACUUCUGUCGGUAUUCCUCAUCAGAUGCUUCCUUGGAUUUCUCGUAAAGAGAGAAGGUUUUUUUGGACUUUGAAGUAAAACAUUUCAACUUCUACAAUUUGUGCCUGUUUUUGACUUUGUUAUUGUAACAUAAACAAGCACGGAAGGUGUAUUUGUCUGUUUUGAUAUAUAAUUUAAAAUAGCUGCAAAGUAUCAAGGUUUCCAUUCAUUUUUAGCACUCUUUCUAGGAAUUUUCCAUGUGAGUGUACCAAAUCAGUAAAUAUUUUUAUUUGCUUUAUAAAGUGGCUUUUGAAAUUCUGAA